GUUCCUCCUGCACCAAGGCUGCAUGGCUUGUGGCUUAUUUUCCCAGCUGGCAAACGUCACCAUGAAGACAAGGGAAUGCCUGUGGUUCAAAAAGUAAGUGCCAGGGUCCAAGCUUUUCAAGGACUUUCGAUGCCCGUUUGGCCCUCCAGUCACCAUACAGGACCAUAAGGGUUAAAGAUGAUGAGGAAGAAAAGGAAGCGAGGCCCGAUCGCGUGUCCAUGCAGCAGCCCCGGCUCCCGGGCCCCCACGCCGCCGCCAGAGCCCCGGAGGAGACCUGCAUGGACGGGCAUGGGGAGAGCUGCCCCUUCCUGCGCCGCCGCCGGGGCUGAGCCGCGCCGGCGCCGCCUCCGUCGCCGCUGGCGCUCGCCUCCUCUGGCCGCCCUGCUGCUCCUGCUCGGCCUCGGGGGGCUGCCCGCAGGUUAUUGCCAACAGCCAACCCAGUGUCGAAUCCAGAAAUGUACCACAGACUUUGUGUCACUGACUUCUCACCUGAACUCUGCCAUCGAUGGCUUUGAUUCAGAGUUCUGCAAGGCCCUACGUGCUUAUGCUGGCUGUACCCAGCGUACUUCCAAAGCCUGUCGUGGAAACCUGGUCUACCAUUCAGCUGUGCUGGGAAUCAAUGACCUCAUGAGCCAGAGAAACUGUUCCAAGGAUGGACCCACAUCCUCUACCAACCCCGAAGUUACCCAUGACCCUUGUAACUAUCAUAGCCAUUCAGAAACUAGAGAACAUCAGGGAGGGGACCAGAGUCCUCCCACUUAUCUUUUUUGUGGCUUGUUUGGAGAUCCUCACCUUAGAACUUUUAAUGAUCACUUUCAAACGUGCAAGGUGGAAGGUGCCUGGCCUCUUAUAGAUAAUAAUUAUCUUUCUGUACAAGUGACAAAUGUACCUGUAGUCCCUGGAUCCAGUGCUACUGCUACAAAUAAGAUAACUAUUAUCUUCAAAUCCCACCAUGAGUGUACCGAUCAAAAAGUAUACCAAGCCGUGACAGAUGACUUGCCAGCAGCCUUUGUUGAUGGCUCCACCAGCGGUGGGGAUGGUGAUAUCAAAAGCCUGCACAUUGUGGAGAAGGUGAGCGGCCACCACGUGGAGAUGCAUGCCAGGUACAUAGGAACCACAGUGUAUGUGCGGCAGUUGGGUCGCUACCUAACUUUGGCCAUCCGCAUGCCCAAGAGCCUGGCUAUGGCUUAUGAAGAAAGCCAGGAUCUGCAGCUCUGUGUGAAUGGCUGUCCUUCAAGUGAGCGCAUUGAUGAUGGGCAGGGGCAGGUGUCUGCUAUCAUGGGGCAGAUGCUUCCCCGAGCUGCCUCAGCCCCAGCCUGGCCUGGGUAUACACUGGAGACCGCCACUACCCAAUGCCACGAGAAGAUGCCAGUGAAAGACAUCUAUUUUCAUUCCUGUGUCUUCGACUUGCUCACCACCGGUGAUGCCAACUUCACUGCAGCAGCUCACAGUGCCUUGGAGGAUGUGGAGGCACUGCACCCUAGAAAGGAACGCUGGCACAUUUUCCCCAGCAAUGGCAUUGGGGGCCUGAUGGGAAGCAGUAACUUGUCUGUCAGUCUUAGACUCAUGUGCUUGAUUCUUGUGGUGUUUUUGUAGGGUUUUCUGUUGUUUUUUUUUUUUGUC